AUGUCUUCAAAAGAUGGAGGCGACAAAGGAAAGUCUACUCAGGGCGCCGGGGACAACAAAGAGAAGCGAAGAAAAGAAUCUAUUCUAGAUUUAAGUAAAUACUUAGAAAAGAGCAUUCGUGUUAAGUUCGCUGGAGGUAGGGAAGCAGCAGGGAUAUUGAAAGGUUAUGAUCCUCUUUUGAAUCUUGUAUUAGACAAUACUACGGAGUUUUUAAGAGAUCCUGAUGAUCCUUACAAAUUAUUGGAUGACACAAGAGCUUUAGGUCUAGUUGUAUGUAGAGGAACCUCUGUUGUUUUAAUAUGUCCCAUGGAUGGAAUGGAAGCGAUACCAAAUCCUUUCAUAACUCAGGAUGGGUAA